UCAGUCAUGUUUCAUGCUUUAUUGUGUGUUCGCUUCUCCAAACUUUCCCUUUUUUUUGUUCUUUUCCAUUUACUCCCCACUAUGGGUCUCAUUCCAUUCGUCUAGUGUUCGUAUGAUGCUGCUAAGGUCUGUUCGCGUUUGCCGUUUGGUUCGUCGUUCGCCGUUCACCAUUCGUCGUUCGCCAUUCGUCGUUCAUCGUUCGCCAUUCGUCGUUCGCAUUCAUGUUCUGUCAUUAUCUUCUCCAUUCUCCUUUCCUUCAUCAUUUGCGUUCGCUCCUCCAUUGGAGUUGAUCUCCUCUGUUCACGUUCGUGUUUCGCACCUCCAUUGCUGUCACGUUCAGUCUGAAGAAAAAGAUGCAUCUGUUCGGGCAUCUGCUCUCAGCUAUUUGUUGUAUUUUGUUUGUGAUAGAGGAAAGAUCUGGAGAAACCGUUUAGUAGGGCUUGAUAUAAAGGUUCUGAAGGCACUUGUAAGAAUCAGUAGGGAGAACUCUUGGGCAGAAUUAGUUCACUGAAAGCUUAUUUCCAUGUUGACCAAUAUGUUUUAUGAAGUUUCUGAAGUUGCUGCAUCUGUACACGGUAAACCAACGUUUUUUGUGGAUCAACUUGAUCCUAUCGGUGGAGUUCAAUUUAUUUUUAUUAAGGUGUGUUUAUAUCUUUUUUCCAGUUGAGUUUAUUAUUACUGAUACUUUUCCCCCUUUUUACCAACAAUACUAUUUUGUAUCAUUAUUGUA